AUGGUCGUGGUGGGUAUGCCACAUACGCUAGCGUCGUAUGGUGACGAACCAGGGUGGCUGGUGGUUAUGGUCGGGUACUCGUCCACCCCUGCUUCAGACUCUAAUGAGAGCAUCUGCGCUUUUCGUCGGCAAUGGAGCACUUCACUCAUCUCUUCCGGUGGCCUAUCGCUCUCGCAUCUUCCUCUUGCCAAGCUGUGCUGCCCGCAGCGGCUCCGACCGCCUCAUUCCGCUUCUGCAUGGGGUUUGAUCAGGGAUACGGAGUGGACAGACUCGAAUGACACAGGCUUGCUGUAUUGCUGCGCUGUUCUGACUAGAUCGCCGUCGAAUCACUCCUCUCGCGUUAGAAUCCGUCCUGACUACUACCCACCAAUCUCGGCCGCGACGCCUCUUCAUUUCCAGCUUACUGCCUUCUCGCCGUCUCACCAGACUUUGACGCCAUCGCAGUCACAGACAUCCGCGGCCUCGUAUCGAAUGUACGAAAGCAACCCUUCCGAAGCACCAACUCCUCCCAACACCCCGAGCUCCCAGAACAGUGUGCAACAACAGCAGCCUCGCGGUUCUGACCACCAGAUGAACCAGUACGCUCCCCCGCCCCAGGCGUAUGGCACUCAAUCUAUGCAGCUCCAGAUCACGAUGGCUUCUUCUCAUUCUCAGCCCAUCGCGCUUGACCCGGCGUCUGGACGUGUUUUCUCUCACUUGCACCCCAUACCCGCUGGUGGUGUUAGGCUCCAGUCUGGGGUGAAUUCUCCCUACGGCCCUGGGGCUGUCAUGCCCGGUGACAUAGGUGAGGCUAACCGGCCUCUACACGUUGUCGGCUAUCAGGGUUGCCGUGGCAUUCUCCCCAGCGCUCUUGGCCGCCCUAUCACUACCCCCGCUGGCGCCGGCAACACCAGGAGCACUGUCAUCCCGGUCAAGGAUGCCGAUGGCAAGUUCCCUUGCCCUCACUGCACCAAGACCUACUUGCACGCCAAGCACUUGAAGCGUCACCUUCUACGCCACACGGGCGACCGCCCCUACAUGUGUGUGCUGUGUCGUGACACUUUCUCGCGAAGUGACAUUCUCAAGCGUCACUUCCAGAAGUGCUCCAUUCGCCGAGGUAACCUGGCUGGUGCUAGUCACUUGUCACAUUCUGAGGCUCGUGUCAAGUCGAAUGGCGGUCCGAACCACCCCAAUGGUCUCAGUGAUAUGACUGCGGAUACCAGGGUUCAGCCAAUUGAUGUGACAACCGUGCCGGACGAAAUGAGAAACUUACAGAUUAUCAGUCAGCUGUCGCGCACCAGUAGCCUGAUGAAGUCUGACAAUGACAGUCCCCGGCAGCCUGGUGUGCAACGCGCCUACGGAGAUCAUGCUCAAUUUCCCCUCCAUCAUCCAGCACAGAGGCUGAUCGCGACCAGCCCAGUCAUCACCACUGGCGUCCAAAGUCCACAAGGACCUACUAGCCCCCCUGGUCACCGCGAUUCCCUUUUCUUUUCGACAUGGAAUGUGUCGCCAUUGUUCCAAAGUGCCUAUACAUACCUUUCCAACCAAAUCUGCAGCUUUGUCUAUCCCUCAGAUUCUCCGAUCAUCGACCGUGCCGGCCUUAGACUACACUCCGCCGAAAAUGUGGGCGAAUUAUUGGGCAUUUACACUCGUGUUCAUGUCGAUUUGCCGGUUCGCCAUACAUCCGAGUUCCGUAUCAUGGAUGCGUAUCCUGGCUUGUUGGUAGCCAUGUGCUGCGUCGGUGCUUGCUACUACAGUUGUUCCCCGGAUCACUUGAGCGAUGUGGUAUCUUUCCUUAAAUCCGCACUGGCUCGUGAUCUUUUGUCUCGGGCGGACUUGGUCCCCAAACAGCAGAGUAGUAGCGCUCGCGCAGACACCUCGAGUCCCGUUCAGCGGGACAUAGAGGAGGCUCAGGCUCUAUUUCUGCUCCAUUUUAUAACGAUAUCACAGAACAAGCUGCAGCAUCGUGAGAGAGAGACUUCAGAAGCUAUGACGACGCAAACUCGUCGGCUUCAUCAGCUCGACACCUCCACUGCUUUGAGAUGUACAUCUGGCGAGGUGGUGGAGGACGCACGGAAGAAGGUAGAUCCCGGAGAUCCGCUGGGCUUCAUGGAAUUUAACACAUCAACCAGGCAAGACGAAUCUGUACGGAAAUUACAUGUUGAUGCAUAUGGUUCUAUCAUUGACCCAACGGGUUGA